AUGGGCCGCGACGCAGACCCCGUGGACGACGGCCCCACCAGCCCCGACCUAGUCCCGAUCCCGGCCGCGGCCGCCGGUAUGCUACUGCUCAAUUUCGUGGCUCCACCUCCGACCCGGCCUCGGAGCCCGUGUCGUUCCUCCCAGCUCCUCAGCACCCCCGAUUCCAACCCGUCCAACCGCGGCGAAGGCUCCGUCUCCACCUGCGACGGCCGUCGGUUCCGUGGUGAGAACAAACCUCCUCGCAGCAGCCCGGGCUGUACAAACGAUAGGGAUCCCGCCGACCGCGGCGUUGCCCCGGUGGGCGCUAGACGGGCCCCCGUCGCCGUCUUGUUUUCGCUCGUCUGCCUCGACAUGGGCUGCGACGUGUACCCGGUCGGCCGGAGCCCCUCGCGCCAUAGUAGCGGCAUUUCCACACGCGGUAAGCCCGCCAUCAGGUCUUCAUCGUUGAGGAAUGCAUCUGCCUGCAUCGGAGGCGGCGCCGAGUCUCCCCGCCUUCGCCCCCGCCUUCACCACCAGACACUGGCCCUCGUGCGGCUCUAG